AACUACGGUAGUUCCACUGAGCGACUGAGAGCUCACAAGUCACAAGUCAGAAUCGAAGCGAGCAGCAUCGUUCUCAUUUUGAGUUGCGAGCCAAAUAGCCAAUACCCGCUGAGAAGAAGAAGAAGUCGCUCAGAAAUGGAUGGGCAUGAUGCAGAUGGUUCAAAACAAAGCACUGGAGAUAUGACUGUGUUUGUGCAAAAUCUUCUUCAGCAAAUGCAAACAAGGUUUCAGGCCAUGUCUGAAUCUAUCAUUUCAAAAAUUGAUGAGAUGGGCAACCGGGUUGAUGAAUUAGAACAGAGCAUCAAUGAUCUUAGGGCAGAAAUGGGUCAAGAUGGAUCUCCAUCGCCUUCAGCAGCGAUGAAGACAAGAGAUGAACCCAAGUCAGGCGCCGAUUCUGCCUAAAAUUAGGUGCAAAAUCUAUAUUUUCAGUAUGAUUUAUAUUUGACAGAAUUUUACCAUGUUUUCAUCAUCUCUAACUGUAUCUACUUGCGAGCAUCACUCACACACCGUAUUCAGUCCGAAAAUUCUGGAGUGACUUGAACUUAUUGAUUUGACUGUGUCAUUUUCCCUACGAAAAAUACAAUGUCACGUCGUAAGAGUUUCUGCUUUCUUAUCAGGUUGGUUGUGUUUGGUUGUACCGUGCUGGUAUAAACUUUAUGUGGCAGUGGCUGCUGUGUCGGCAGAUCAAUUUGUUAAACUUUUUUUUGUUCAGUUGGAAAUAUUUUAACAUUACUGUCCGGAUGCUGCACUCAACUAGCGAAGUGGUUUUAUAAGGGAUCAAGCUACAUUGCCUUCAUUUUUGUAUUUAAAUUUGCUUAGUACUAA